CCUGCAGAGCGGAGUGGGUGGCUCUGGCAUAGAGGAGCCAGGCAGGGAGGCAGGACGUCCUGUGGGAAAGGAGGAGAGAAGAGAAGAAGAAGGGCUGGCUCAGGCUCAGGCCCCUGAUGGUGGCUAUUUUUAUCUCCCCUAGCUGAGUGAUUGGGGACAGCCGGUAAAGGGAAAGAUGCUUAUGGGUGCGGGACGAGACACGGCGCGGGAUGAGGCCCAGAAGCUUCACCGGAAAUGGCUGAAGCACCAGGCCUUCAUGACCGAGCUGGCCCGCAACAAAGAAUGGCUGGCCAAGAUAGAGCAGGAGGGUCAGGAACUGAUCGAUGAGAAGCCGGAGCUGCGUUCGGUGGUGCAGCAGAAGCUGGAGGAGAUCAGGGAGUGCUGGACGGACCUGGAGAGCACCACCAAGGCCAAGGCCCGGGCUCUGUUUGAGAACAACAAGCCAGAGCCGGUGGUGAAGAGCUACUCAGACCUGGACCACCAGCUCUCUGGCCUGGAGAAACAGCCCCCUCAGCUGGAGCAGGCUCACCAUCUGCCCACUUUCAAUGAGCAGCUGCAUAAAUUCCAGUCUCAGAUGGGGGACUUGUACAAGGACGUAGGGGAACUAGGGUCCCUCCAGGGGGUGUGCCUCCCCAAGCGAGGCAGCCUGGAGAAAGGCAGGGAAGGAGAAGGGGGCGAGCAGCCAGCUGUGGUGGAGACCCGCAUCGUGCGCCUCAUCGAGCCCCUGAAGGAGAGACGUCGCAUUCUGCUGGCCUCCAAGGAGAUGCAUCAGGUCGCCCAGGACCUGGAGGAAGAGAUACUGUGGAUCCAGGAGCGGCUUCCUCUGGCUUCCUCUAAGGAUUACGGCAACAACCUGCAGAGUGUUCAGCAGCAUGUCAAGAUCAACCAGACGCUGCAGAGGGAUCUGCAGGGUCGCCGGGCGCGGGUUGAGGAGGUGUUGGACCGGGCGGGGAUCAUCGCCUCUCUGCGGACCCCCGAGGUGGACUUUGUGCGCGAGGGGGCAGGGCACGUGCGUCAGCUUUGGGAGGUGCUGAGGCUAGAGGCGGAGAGGAGGACUGUGAUGCUGGAUGUGGUGCUGCAGGCCCAGCAGUAUUACAGCGAGGCGGCCAAAGUCGAGUCCUGGCUGGCAGGCCAGAAACUGCACCUCAUCAGCGAGGAGAAGGGUAUGGACGAAGCAAGCACCCUGCAGCUGCUGAAGGAGCACCUGGCCUUGGAGGCGAUGGUGGAGAACUACGCUGAGACAGUGGGCAUGCUCUCCCAGCAGUGUCAGAGGCAGCUGGAACUGGCACACCCAGACAGUGAGGGGAUCACCAAGCAGCAGUCCCACAUAGACCGUCUGUACGUGUCUCUGAAGGACAUGGUGGAGCACAGGAAGACCAAACUGGAGCAGCAGUAUUGGAUGUACCAGCUCAACAGAGAGGUGGAGGAGUUAGAGAAGUGGAUCACUGAGCGGGAGGCUGUUGCCAGCUCCACUGAGCUGGGCCAAGACCUGGAAGAUGUCACGAUGCUACAAGAAAAAUUCACCAAGUUCUGCUCAGAGACCAACAGCAUAGGCCAACAGAGGAUGGAGCAGGUGAAUAAGAUGGUGAACGAGAUGAUAGACUGCGGCCACACGGACGCGGCCACAAUCGCUGAGUGGAAGGAUGGACUGAACGAGUCAUGGGCCGACCUACUGGAGCUCAUGGAGACCCGAGGACAGAUGCUAACAGCAUCACACCAGCUGCACAAGUUCUUCACCGACUGCAAAGAGGUCUUGGUUCAGAUUGCGGGGAAGAUGAGGCAACUACCAGAGGUGAGGGCGUGCCAAGCCAGCAUCGCCAACCCGGCCACGCUGCAGAGGCUCAUGCGCUCUUUUGAGCACGCCCUCCAGCUGCUUGUCUCACAGGUAAGGCAGCUGCAGGAGAACGCGGCCCAGCUGAGGGCCAUCUACGCCGGGGAAAAGGCAGAGGCCAUCAUGAGCAAGGAACAGGAAGUGAUGUCAGCAUGGAAGGAGUUGCUGGUUUCCUGUGAGGCCAGUCGCGUGCAGGUCACCUCGGUGACAGACAAGGUCCAGUUCUUCUCAGUGGUGCGUGAGCAUCUCAUGUGGAUGGAAGGCAUCAUGGGACAGAUUGGAGGGGACGACCCCAGGGAUUCGUCCUCUGCGGAGAUGAUGAUGAAACAACAUGGUGAGCUGAAAGCCAAGAUGGACGGCCGCAGUAAGACCCUACAACAGUGUGUUGAGCUGGGAAAGAUCCUGUUGGCCGCAGGCAACCCAGCAGCUGAGGAGAUAAAGGAUAAGUUGGACACACUCCUGGCUAAGCAGAAGGAUCUCUCUGAGAGAUGGGACAAACACCAGGAAAAGCUACAGCGCAAGAAGGAUCAGUUCCAGUAUGCCCAGGAGACGGUGACGGCGGAGGCCUGGCUGAAGGCCAAGGAGCCGCUAAUCAACUCUAGCUCCAACUCCAGGGAGGCUGGGGGUGCUGGAGGAGAGGCCCAGGCUCAGACUGACGAGGUGGAGCAGCUCAUCCUCCGCCACGAGGCCUUCCGCAAGGCUGCAGCUACCUGGAAGGAGCGCUUCAGCUCACUGAGACAGCUCUCCAACGCAGAGAAGCUGAGAGAAGAACAGAGCAGCAAGCCUGCCCCAACGCCACUCUCCAGUCGGAGGAUGUUCCCAUCAUCCUGCCUCACUCCGACCUUUCCCCUUGCUACCUCAACUCUGCUGAGGCAGACGGUGCAGCUGCAUAUUGAGCCCAGGCCCAAGCAGACUAGUCUGGGGAUGGCUGCCUCUGCCUCCACUGCAGCCCAGAGAUUGGGUUCUACCAUGGCCAGCUACACUCCUGUCAUGAAUGGCUCCAGUUACCAUGGACUGGACCAUCAGAGCAGCAGCGGGGGGUUGGAGAGUUCUAACUACCCUGGGCUAAACCAUCAGGCCUGUGGAGGUGUGGACAGCAGCUCCAGUUACCUUGGAGUGAACCAUCAGACUGCCCCCCCGCCAGUGGAUAGUUCUGGCUACCUUGGACUGAACCAUCAAAGCAGUGGGGGUAUGGUUAGUCCAGGCUACCUACCUCAAAAUCAAAGUAGUGGGGGUAUUGGUAGUCAAAGCUACCUACCGCAAAAUCAAAGUAGUGGGGGUUUGGGUAGUCCAGGUUACCUGCCGCAAAAUCAAAGCAGUGGGGGUAUGGUUAGUCCAGGCUACCCACCUCAAAAUCAAAGUAGUGGGGGUAUCGGUAGUCAAGGCUACCUACCGCAAAAUCAAAGUAGUGGGGGUUUGGGUAGUUCAGGCUACCUGCCGCAAAAUCAAAGUAUUGGGGGUAUGGUUAGUCCAGGCUACCUUGCGCAAAAUCAACACAGUGGUGGUAUGGGUAGCUCAGGCUACCUUGCACAAAAUCUAAGUAGUGGGAGUAUGGGUAGUUCAGGCUACCUGGCUCAAAACCAUCAAAGCAGUGGUGGUAUGGGUAGUUCAGGCUACCUGGCUCAAAACCAAGGUAGUGGGUUUAUGGGAAGUUCAGGCUUCCUUGUGCAAAACCAAUGUAGUGGAAUUAUGGGUAGUUCAGGGUACCUUGCGCAAAAUCAAAAUAGUGGUGGUAUGGGUAGCUCAGGCUACCUUGCACAAAAUCUAAGUAGUGGGGGUAUGGGUAGUUCAGGCUACAUUGCACAAAACCAAGGUAGUGGGUGUAUGGGUAGUUCAGGGUACCUUGCGCAAAUCCAAGGUAGUGGAGGUAUGGGUAGUUCUAGCUAUCUGCCUCAAAGUGGUGGGGUCAUGGACCCCAAAAUGGCAUAUGCGUGGCAGCAUCUGAAAGCCGACUGCAUGCAGCCCAGGAUCAACCAUAUCCACAAGGCUGUCAACCCCCUCCUGGAGGCCAGCAGGGCGCAGAGGGAACAGUUUGGGGACAUCCCCAUGGUAGACAUGAUCGGACCAGAGUCCGGCCUGGAGCUCCUCCAUGGCAGGCUUCAAAGGGACCCCCGCGGCAGCCGCUCUGACCCCCAGAUGGACCACCUGCGGCGGGAGAGGGAGUACAAGCUGGGCCGCCAGACCUCCAGCGAACAGGAGAUCCAGGCGCGGCUCAACGAGCUGCCAAUGAUCGUGCGUCAAGAGCGCUAUAGGCGACGCCUGGAGAGGCAGUCAUCCAGCGAGCAGGAGGGCAGUGGGAAGGCGAGGACACCAAGGCAGGACGACUCCAGCGACAUGGAGUCAGCCAAGGAAGGCUCUGACAAACGCUCAACAGAGAAGAGAGCCACCACAAUGGCUGAGAUUGUGGAGCAGGCCCAGGAGAGAGAGGCAGCACAAGCCAGAGGGGAGACGUACCGCCCCACCAGCAGCCUCUCAGCACCCGUGACCUACGAGCGCCCGCGCGCCCGAGACCGCCCCAAACCCCGCAGGAGACCCCGCCCCAAAGAGCUUGAGGAGAAGCGGCGCUCUCGCUCGGCUCCAGCCCAGAGUCCGGCUCAACUCUUGCCGCCCUCACACACUGCCCAUAACGAAGGCUUCCUGUACCGCAAACACGACUUUGAGGGCCAGCAAAAGAGUCCCAGCAGUAAGUCCUGGGUGAACUUGUAUUGCGUGUUGUCAAAAGGAGAGAUCAUUUUCUACAAGGACGCCAAGAGCAUCACCACACCUUACAAUGAAGAAACCCCACUCGACCUGAGCGUCUGUAUAUGUGAUAGCACCAUGGGAUACAAGAAGAAGAAAAAUGUCUUCGUUAUCAAGAAAAAUGAUGGCAAUGACUAUAUUUUCCAUGCAAAGGAUGAGGAGGACCUGAAGGCUUGGGUCACUAACAUCACCACCAGUAUAACUGAACACGAGGAGAUCGCCAAGUGGGACAAACCCACGACCUCGUCCACAGAUCCCGACCGCUCGGAGAGGAAAGAGAAGUCAGAGGGUGACGCAGAUGCCAGGUCAGAGAGAUCUGAGAUGGGAGGAGAGGUGGAGGAGGAAGAGAGGUCUGAGAAGGGAGAGGGCUCCGAGAAGACAGGCGAGGGCUCCGAGAAGACAGGCGAGGGCUCCGAGAAGACAGGCGAGGGCUCCGAGAAGGCAGACACGUCGGAGAGGGGUGAGAUGGCAGAGGGAGGGGCAGGGGGCUCCAGCACGUCAGGGAAGAGCAAAUGAUCCCCGCUAAGUGGAGGAGUGGACUGCAUCCAACCAUCUGCCCGCUCCAUCCUAACAUUACCCUAAGACACCAGACGGUGGUGAGCAGGCGAGACGGAGGGAGAGUGUGUGCAUUUUUGUGCAUAUCUUCUCUCUCUUUCUCUCUCUCUCUCUAUAUCUCUCUGUCUCUCUCUCUCCCUGUGACAUCCUGAGGCUUGUGUCCUUGGACUACCUAAUGUUAACUGUGACAGACUGAUCUUUCAGCCCCUAUCCCAGGCAAAAUACAUCAAUGCUUGUAUUGCAUUUUGGCCCUUGCUGGUAGGUUGGAGGAUGGUGGAGAUGAACCAGCGCCACCGUGUGGUCACAGGCAUUCGUCACAGUCACAACUCAUUGAUAAUUUAUCUCUUGGAUUCACAGCAUCUCUCAGUAUAUAUAUAUAUAUAAUAUACCUAUGACUGACUAUGUAAUGCUCUAGAAAAACCCAAGCAAUGGUGAAUGAAAUGUCUCACAAUAUUUUGAAAACGCUUUUUUUCUGAAGCAAUAUACUUUUUUAUUUCUUCUCUAUGUUUGAGAGAGAGGGAAAGGAGACAAGAAACAGUUACUUAUUAUUAAUUAUAUGAUUGGUCACAUUCAUCAUCAGCUUGUUUCCAGCAGGUCAGCAGCACCUUAAACACUUUCAACACAUCUGUGUAUACUCAGCAUAUUGACAUUUCAAACUCACCUCAUCUCUAUAUCUGAGUCAUGCUGUCAUGAUGGAAUGCUGGUAUUACCUAUGUGUGUUAAUAAUGGAAUUGAUCAACACACGUGUUUCUCUUCUGAACUUUUGGAUUAAUCGUGCACAGGCCCAUGGCAUGCCAGGAAUAAAGGUGAACUAGGGUUGCCAACGUAAGCAAAACUCAAUCACCCCCAAGAGUCUAUUUGAGGAGGCAAUGCCAAACUUAACCCACUUGUAGUGCCAGGCCUGUGUCUACAUCUCACUUAUUAAAUCUAACCAUCCAUGGCAUGACAUUGUAUAGUGCACCUUUUACUUUAAUGAAAAGUAAUGUUCUUCAUGGUCUUGAAGUUGACCAGUUCUGAAAUGAAUUUGGCUGUGCAAUAAUUUAAUCUAAAGGAAAGUACUGUGUAUAAUGCUAACAUCAUGGUAUAAUUCUGGGAUCCUGAAGAACGUUCUAAAGGCUUCUCUUCGGGGAUCUUAAACUCUCCCCACAUGAAGUAUGGUGAUAGGAAGAUAUGUUUUAAUGACAGAGCAGAGAAAGUUCCCCACAUUAGAAGCCCAAGUCAGACAUCCUUCAUGCUUCUUUCGAAUUCUAUUUGAUCUGAGACAAGAAGCAGUAUAACCUCAUUGCUGUUUUUAUUAUAUUACUGCAAUAUUUUUCAUAAGGGUUGUAAUUGUUGCACUAGUGAAAAUACAAUAGUAACAUCAAUAUUAGAUGAACCUCAGAGUAUAUUAUUAACUACUUCUCCCUCUCUGUUUUCUUUCACUCUGAGUUGAAACCAAUAGAAAACAAUUGUCAGUCAGAGGGGAUUUAUCUAGUCAUGAAAUUGUACAUAAGCUACAUGGCCAAAGGUAUGUGGACAAAGGCUCCUUAGUGGUGCAGUGGUCUAAGGCACUGCAUCUCAGUGCUAGAGGCGUCACUACAGACCCUGGUUCAAUUCCAGGCUGUAUUACAACUGGCAGUGAUUGGGAGUCCCAUAGAGCGGCGCACAAUUGGUCCAGCGUUGUCCGGGUUAGGGUUUGUGUGGGGUAGGCCAUCAUUAUAAAUAAGAAUUUGUUCUUGACUGACUUGCCAAGUUAAAUAAAAGGUUAAAUAAAUAAAACUGCUCGUUGAACAUCUCAUUCCAAAAUCAUGGGCAUUAAUACGGAGUUGGUCCCCUUUUUGCUGCUAUAACAGCCUCCACGCUUCUGAGAAGGCUUUUCAGUAGAUUGCGGAGGUUACUUACAUCUAUUCAGCCACAAGAGCAUUUGUGAGACCUGGCUCGCAGUCAGCUUUCCAACUCAUCCCAAAGGUGUUCGAUGGGGUUGAGGUCAGGGCACUCUCUGUGCAGGCCAGUCAUGUUCUUCCACAAUGAUCUUAACAAACCAUUUCUGUAUGGACCUUGUUUUGUGCACGGGGGCAUUGUCAUGCUGAAACAGGAAAGGACCUUCCCCCUACUAUUGCCACAAAGUUGGAAGCACAGACUUGUCUACAACGUCAUUGUAUGCUGUAGCGUUAAGUUUUCCCUUCACUAGAACGAAAGGGCCAAGCACGAACCGUGAAAAACAGCCCCAGACCGUUAUUCUUCCUCCACCAAACUUUACAGUUGGCAAUAUGCAUUGGGGCAGGUAGCGUUCUCCUGGCAUCCGCCAAACCGCAAUUUGUACGUCGGACUGCCAGAUGGUGAAGCGAGUCCAAUGGCGGCGAACUUUACACCACUCCAGCCGACGCUUUGUAUUGCGCAUGGUGAUCUUAGACUUGUGUGCGGCUCCUCCGCCAUGGAAACCCAUUUAAUGAAGCUCAAUGAAGUUAUUUAAUUUAAUGAAGUUUUUGUGCUGACUGCAUCCAGAGGCAGUUUGGAACUUGGUAACGGACAGACGAUUUUUAUGCACUACACACUUCAGCAUUCAACGGUCCCAUUCUGUUAGCUUGUGUAACCUACCACUUCGCGGCUGAGCCAUUGUUGCUCCUAGACGUUUCCAAUUCACAAUAACAGCCCUCACAGUUUACCGGGGCAGCUCUAGCAGGGCAAAAAUGAGACAAACUGACUUGUUGGAAAGGUGGCAUCCUAUGACGGUGCCACCUUGAAAGUCACUGAGCUCUUCAGCAUGGGCCAUUCUACUGCCAAUGUUUGUCUAUGGAGAUUGCAUAGCUGUGUGCUGGAUUUUAUACACCUGUCAGCAACAGGUGUUGCUGAAUCCCCUAAUUAUCAAGGGGUGUCCAGUGUCCACAUACUUUUGGACAUGUAGUGUAUCUUUGAAUGUUAACCAAUAAAUUCUAUACUCUAAUUAACAGAGUUCUAUGUACUGAAGUGGGUUAAGGUUAAAACAUUUCUCUUAACUCCACACAAAUGAAAUGGGGAAAACUCAUCAGUCAAUUACGAUAUUACUGUUUAUUCCAUUUAAAUGAAAAUAUGCAGAUUAGGAGUCAUCUUUCAAAGGAUAUAUACACCAAUAUCUAGUUACAUUUUACACUUUACAAGGGAAAAGAGUGCUGGACAGGUACAUUUGUUGUGUAUUUAUAAAUGUGUGUAUUUCAAUUAAUUGAUCAUACGGACUUGAUACAGACAGUUUUUUCUAUUAGUAGCUGAAUCCAGUCAGGCAAGUGAAAUAUUAUGAGAACAGUCCUGUUGCGAAGGGUAGGUCUACAGACCAUUUACUUGAACGGGUUAAAUGGCUUGAAUGAUAACAAAGAACUUGGUAGACUAAAUGCUACUGUAGUUUAUUUGUUAACUCUGGAGCUGAUCAGUCUGGUAUCCAGGCUACACACGUUUUAGCUGUGACUCUUGGGCUGUGACUUCAAAGCUAAAUACAACCAUACAUCCCACUAUUUUUUGUUUUUUGUUGCUUAAGCCUCGGUCAUAUUGGAUGAUUAAUUAUAAACAUAUUGACAAGAACAUUCAUAAACACAAAGAAAAUGUAAGGUUAGUUAGUACUGUACAACUCAUAAACUUCAACAGCCAGCCUAGUUUGACAUUUGGUCGACUGUGUUUAUUUUUUAUGUCACUCUAAACUUCCAAGUUUCAAAUAGGCCACUUUUUACAGAUAUGUUUUAUCUGAUUCCCAAAUGCCCCAUACCUGCCAAAUCAAACAUUACUGCUUAAACUGGUUUGUGUGUAAUGUAGUUUUAGUUAUAACCAAAUAUAUAAAAAAUAUUUAAAAAAUACAACCUUAUUAAGCCUUAUCCACAAAACAAUGGAAAUCAGUAUUUUGAAAAUGAAUUAAUUUAACAAAAGACACAAUACAGACUGUACCAUUUGACUCAGGAUGCAAAUACUGGCACUUAUUGACCUUGGCAUUAAAGUGUUAUGACACACGCAACAGUCAGGACUCUAACUGCAGCUUGUUGAUUAGACGCAGUUAACUUAUUGGUAACACUUGAAAAUGUCACAAUAUAUGUGUUAUGUCCUCUGUCACAACGUGGGAAAGAAACUUCAAUUACAGUAUAACAACAAACUGUCUAUUGUAGGUGGUUAUUAUAGGUACCACACCAUUCUAUAUUACAGGCUUUAAAAACUGAUGGUACCUAAAAUUGUUAUCUAUUUGUAGGCCUAUAGCCAGUUGUUUUUAGUGUAACCUACUCCUCCGGAAUUGAGCCUUUCAUUGCAAUACAUAUUAGUUAGUUAAACACUAGUAGCUGUUUCUUUUAUUCUCCUCUGUGGAAGGAAAGAUAGGCUCUACUUUGCACAUGAUGUAUAGUUCUUCCAAUAUAAUUAGAAUGAUAAUUAUAUGGUUUUAAUUCUAUUCAUUCCAAUUCUAUGGUUCCUCCAUCUACAUUCUUAUCAGAGAAAUCCCCAUUGUCUUAGCACAUCGAUUCCGCCUGCACUGAUGAGCGUUGCGUUUGGAGUGACACGAUCUGACGUUAGACAAUGAGAAAUCCUGUCACUUCAUGAAUAAAACAGGUUAAUGAUACUACAGUACCUACCAAACAAACAAAAAUACUACAAAACCUACUAAACCCACAGAAACAAAGCUCUUGACCUCAUUGCUGGUGAGAAGUGUUUUUGUGAUUUUGUGUUUUUCUUGUCUCAGAUACAGUGUACCUUAAUGAUACCUAUACUUUGCUGCUAUGACAUUUUCUCUAUGUAAACCUCCUUACUUGCUGAUACAAAAUUGAUAUGAACAUUGAUGUAUGCUUGACACAGAGGUGUUAAGCCAAGAUUCUUUCUAAAAGUCAACAUCAACCAUCCUCCACAGAUCACUAGACACAUGAUGCAUUCUAUAUAGUAGUGGGAGUGAAGUUCCUGACAUUGCAGCCAUUCACAGUGUAUAAAAAUCAAAGUCAAUUUACUUGAUUGACUAGAGAAAGUUAAGAGAUUCCUGUGUAAGGGAUUAAACUCAGUAUAAAUAAAUAAAUAAAAAGAGAGUACCAUUUUUGAGAUAAGCUUUCAUAAAGGUCCAUUAUCAUGAUUUUGAGGGGGUAUACAUACUGUCAUUAUAAUACCUCAUGACAUAAUCACCAAUUAGCAUAGGAAAACAUUUAUUAGAAUUCAUGGACUUAAUCCAUAUGACCAGGUAUGAGCUCCAUGCUCCAAUCUCCACGUCUUAAUGCCUUUGUGCAUUUAACCCCUGUAGCAAAAUGUCAUGUGUCAUGAUGAUACACUUAUAUGGGCAUAAUGACACAGUUAUGCAUACACUUUCAACUAAAGUAUUCCCUGUAUUUAACUAAGUCAUUUGAUUUAUUUUUUUGUAAGAAGAAAAAUGCUGUCAGUGUCUUCCACACCUUGUAGUAUUCAUAAUGCCAUCUGGGGAUAGUAACAGAACCACAUAGCUCUGAUAACCUAAGUGAUUAAGUCAGUGAUGGAUGUCAACUGAAGGGCUGGUCUUUAAAAAAAAAAAGGUUUUCUGUUUAGAGUGAAUAACGCUUCAGAUCAUUAAGCUUGAAAUCUUUGCUUGGUACAAAAUAAAAAUGUUUUAGCCCUCUAAUAGCAGAUCAGUGAAAGGCUGAAACGCAGCAGUGCUACUCGCAGUUUUCAAGAUGUGCAAGAGGAAACAUGAAUAAUUGAUGAUGUGGAAGAGGAAAUGUCAUGCAACUUUUGUUUUGCACUAAAGCACUGCCCCAUUGCACAGUGUAAAAUGCUAGUGGUGACGCAGGGUCUAUAAGAAAUAUACAUGUAUACAGUAUUGCACAAAGUCUGCACAACUCAAUGUAAGUAUUUUAAGAAUGUACAUUUUAAUUCUGAUUUGUUUAUUAAAUAGACUGGAGUAACA